UUCUCCUUCUCCAUCCGUUUUUUUUUCCUCUCUACUCAUUUUGACCAGCCAUUAGAAGAAAAGGAAAGGAAAGCAACCAUUAAAAUAAGAAGGAAAAAACAAAUACUAGGUUACUAGCUCUUAAAUGAACACUCUUCUUAAUCAUCCAUAACUAUUCAAGGUAAUGUUUAAUUGUUUUCAUAACUUUAUGUUGUUUUUUGAAGUAUUGUUGUUGAUGAGCAUAUUGAGUUAGUUGAAUUUGAUGUACAUUAUAUAUUAUUAGAAAUGUUGAUGUUGGUAUUAGAAAUAUCAUUUAUGAACUUAUUAAUUGAUUUAUUAUUUGAAUUCUAUGUGCAUUUGUAAUACCCCAGAUUUAGCUUGAAAAAGGAUUGAUAGACUACUCAUAUCAACAAGGUGCAUCUUCUUUUCUGGAAAGCCCAUUUGCUAAGAACUCCACAGUUAAGCGUGCUUGGUGGGGAGCAAUCUUAGGAUGGGUGACCUCCUGGGAAGUUUUCCUGGGUGCGCACGAGUGAGGCCAAAGUGCGCUGGAAAGACUUGUGUUGGUUUGUGGGGCUAGUCUACAGUCUCCAAGAGUAGUCAUCAGCGGUCCGAGGGGCCGGGGUGUUACAGCAUUAUAUAUGUAUGAACUUAGUUACAUUAUGGACUUUAUUAAUUUGUAGACCAAAAAGAUUAUAAUCAAAUGAAUAUAAUGUAAUUGUAUGGGCGUGAAGUUGAUGAUGAUGUUGAUUUUGUUUGUAUUCAUGUAGAAAUGGCAUCAUUUCGCGUCACUAUAGUAUGUUUUUAGAAUGGUUAUAUUUGAGAAAGUAGUGGCAAAGUUCAUUAUGUUGGGGGAAGACGUAGGUUGUUUGCAUGCAACUUGAACAUGAAUUUGAAUCAGUUUAAACGUUUUAUAUGUUAUAAGAUUGGAUUGGACCCCACUAGAAGUACCAUAAAUAUAAGCUUUAAAUAUGACAUGAGUGGAGAAUUGAUAGCUUUUCCUAUUGAGGAUGAUAAGGCUAUAGAUGCUAUGUGGGAGCAUUUAAAGUCCAAAUUCCCUCUUUUGAAUUAUACGUAGAAGAAGUACCCUUAGGGAAUGUAGUUGCUUCUAAUCCUACUCCUACCCCUAUGCCUAUAUCAACUCACGAAACUGUAAAUCCCUUCGUUCCGUCCGCACCUUGUACUUUUUCUCAACCCCCUACGAAUCAAGUUCCAAUUAAUUCAAUGGUUAACUUAGGAGAAAGUAAUGAGAUGGGACCUUGGGAUGACGGAAAUAAGAGUAAUGAGCUCAUUGACGAUCCUUCUGAAGAUGAUGUGGAUGUCGAUGAGGAUGCGUUAGCAAAUGACAUGACCCUAGGCAACAUUUCUACAAUCAUUCCUCCUACACCUUAUGCCCUAUGUCCACCUCUAGACGAGUAUGAAGAGGACAACUCCAGGAAGACUUGGGCUUGUGAUACCACUUACACCGAAGAAGGGGAGUUGGAGAAGGGUAUGAUGUUUGAUAGUAAGGAAGCGUUGUUGGAAGCUAUCAGAGUGUAUCAUAUUCGUAAAAAUGUGGAGUAUAGAACGGAGACCUCAAACCAAACUGUCCUUACCUUGAAGUGUAAGCGGGGCUGUUCGUGGAGACUUAAGACUACGCUCGACUCAUAUUUGUCUUCAUGGCGUAUUGUUAUGUAUAAGGGUAAGCAUGGGUCUUGUGUUUUGGGUAGUGACACUGUUUCGGCUGGACACAUUCACUUGACAUCUUUUGUCAUUAACAAUGUCAUUAGAAAAUGUGUUGCUAAAGACCCAUCCAUUAAGGUAUCUGUCGUACGGCUGAUGGUUAGAGAUCGUUUUGGUGUAGAUGUGAAUAUAAGCGAGCAUGGUGUGCUAAGCAACAAGCCUUGUUGUCCAUAUAUAGAACUUGGGAAGGUUCUUACUCACCCCUUCCACGCUUUUUAGAAGCUUUGCAACAUUUCAACCCGGGCAUAGUACUUGAGAGUGGUUUUUUAAGGAAGACAAUGACACGGAUAUAUAUGUGCGACCUAAUAUUAGGACCUUCAAACGUGUCUUUUGGGCCAUUAAACCUUGCAUUGAAGGCUUCAAUCAUUGUAAACCUCUUAUCGCCAUUGACGGCACACACUUGUGCGGUAAGUAUCGUCAUACCUUAUUGACUGCCAUUGCCCAAGAUGGUGAUAAGGGAAUCUUUCCAUUAGCGUUUGCCUUGGUAGAGAAGGAGUGUAUAGGUGCAUGGUCGUGGUUCAUGGCUUGUAUUCGUAAGCAUGUCACACAGAGGAUGUUUUAUGCGUUAUUUCUGAUAGACACGCGGGUAUUUUAGCAACUAUGGAAGAGCCAAAGUGGCAACCACCUAAUUCCUAUCAUAGGUUUUGUUUACGUCAUUUGCUUUGAAACUUUAAUCGUACUAUGGGUAAUGUUCAGCUGAAGAAGUUGUUUGGUAGAACUGUUGAGCAAAGAAAACAAGUUAAGGUAAUGAAUGGCUUAAAGGCAAUCCCGAUUGCAAAAUAAGAGGCAAUUUUCUGGAUUAAUGACGUGAGUGAGAUGUCUAAGUGGUCGUUGUGUCAUGAUGGAGGUCAUAGGUAUGGCGUUACUAACACGAACUUAGCUGAAGUUUUCAACUAUGUGAUGAAAGGUGUACGUUUCUUACCUUAACAACACUUGUUGAAUUCACCUUCUAUCGGGUAAACGAUUAUUUUGUUCAAAGACGUGAACGUGCUAAUGCACGGUUACUUGGAGGACACAUGUACAUAGCGCAUGCCACCAGGAUUAUCAAUAGAAACACCGAGAAGGAAAACUUCUAUGACAUAAUCGCCUUUGAUUAUAGAAGAGGUGUAUUCGAAAUUAAGACUGGGAGGGAAAAUAGAGGAUCGUCCAAGGGGGUUAAGAUUCAACAUGUGGACUUGAAUCAAAUGAAGUGCACAUGUAACAAACUUGAGAUAUACCACCUACCUUGUUCACAUGUACUUGUUGUUUGCAUCAAACGACACCUUUCAUAUGAGCGAUUUGUGGAUUGGUGCUAUACUUCUCAAAGUUAUGCAAGUACAUACAAACAUUACUUUAUGCCAAUGAUCGAUAAGAGGUCAUGGCCUCAAUACACGGGCUUUGAACUUAGACAUGAUCUUGAUCAAAUUCGUGGUAAAAGGAGGCCUAAGUCUAAGAGAAUUGCCAACGAAAUGGAUGAGGAAAAAAGGAAACGAAAUAGUUGUCAUCGUUGUGGGAGUGAAGGUCACAACACUAGAACCUGUAACUCCAGCUAAUAUACUAUAUAUAUUAUACUAGUAUGAUACUCCAUAACAUAUAAUAAUGUUAAACUUACAACACAAAUGUAUGAUACAUAAUUACAUAAUAGUAAUAUUAACUAAAGUUAAUGCAAACACAGUAGUAAAAGAGAUGGAUCCAGCAGCUCCAGGGCCCCUAGACCUUAGUGUGUUAACUAUGCAGCAGGAGUACAGGAGCACUCCUCUUUGGGAUGCCCAGGUUAGGUGUACGAUAGUAAUGAUUUGCAUUUUAGUAAUGAUAACAUACAAGUAAGUAAUUUAUAUGUCUAUAUUCAUAGGUGUCCGAUACAGACACGUUAGGCACUAGGCAUCCAGAUUCCGUUCCAUGGGUGAUCGAUGAAAGGAUCAUCCCGCACUUGGAGCUCAUGAGGUUGUUUGACUUUUACCUCGUUGCAUACAGCAGAGUUGUUCGUGCUAUUAUCACAGCACUGGUCGAGAGAUGGUGUCAGGAGACGCACACAUUUUAUCUUCCCCUAGGUGAGGCUACCAUCACACUGCUUGAUGUAGCCUUACUAACAUGGCUUCCCAUCGACGGAUGUGCCGUGUGUACCGCCGGACGUCAGCUACGCAUAUUGGGAGAGCGCCCUCUGGCGGAAGACAUUAGGGGGAGCGGUUUGCAAUGCACAUGGUUGGUUCAGACCUUCUCGCAUCUCCCCAAAGGUGCUAAUGAGAGCACCAUUACGAGGUACGCCAAGGGGUACCUCUUAUAUUUGAUAGGAGCUUUCUUGUUUGCCGAUAAAACAAACAACCAAAUAUAGCUCCUAUACUUGACUUUACUUGACGACCCCUGGGAGCGCAUCGCCGAGUAUAGCUGGGGCUCCGCAGCCUUAGGAUACUUGUGCAGGAGGCUAUGUGGUGCUGCCCAUAAAAACAUCAAGGAGAAUAGUCAUACAAACCAAAUAAACAGUAUGAGUAUUUAAAAAUAGUCAUACAAACCAAAUCAAAGAAAAUCAAAUAAAUAGGUAAAUUUAAGUUUGAUCAUCACAUUAACAAAUAACACAUUAACAAUUUAACAUUAACAAAUAACAAUUAACAAAUAUUCAAAGCUACGACAAUACAAAAAGAAUUCUUAUCAUCAUCAUAACAUCAAAUUAACAAAAGCUACGACAACAAGAUUUUAGCCCAUACAUCAGUUGCACUUUCUUCAAUGAAAAAAAUCAAAUAAUGUUUCCAGUUUUUUACCAAAAUAAAACAUUAAUUCAUGUAGAUUUUUAAACCCAAUUUGUUCAUCAAACUAGAAAAUUCCAGGGUAAUCAAAUUACUUAGAGCACAUUACUUAGAUUAUAAAAUCAAAGAUGAAGACAACAAUCAAAUUCAAUGGUAGAAAGAGCAACCCACAGCAGUAAUCAAAUCAAAGAUUAGAGCAAGAUUAAUAUUAGGAUUUAGGAUAAAGAGUGAAAAUACCUUAAAAAAAUCAAAAGUUUCGAUUUUUAGAAGCAGCAGCCAGCAGCAGCAGUGUUCGUCUUGUUCGAUUCGAAGUUUCGAACAACCCACAGGGCAGCAGCAGUGUUCGUCUACGAUGGAGGACAGGAGGAGCAGUCGGCAGUGGUGCGGGAGUGCGACAACGACAGCGGAGGUGGAGGAAGAGUUGUGUAGAGUUUUUAGGGUUAGAGUGAAAGAGAGUUGAGAGGAGUGAGUCAGUGAGAGCAAGAGAGGGAAUUGAGAGGGAAUUCGAGAACUGAGAAAUGAGAAUAGAACUUCUGCUUCUGUUUUCAAUUUUUUUAUUUUUUUUUUAAAAAAAAAAAACGUGUCCUUGACUCCUUGUCGUGUCUCUCCCGUGUCCGGAAAAAUAUUAAAGUAUUGGACACUUCAUUUGGCGUGUCGGACACGGAUUUUCGCGUGUCCGUGUCCGACACGCGACACGCAGGUUCAGUGGCGUGUCCGUGUAUUGCAAGUGGAAUUUUGCACGCCGGACGCGCAAGCACACCGGAACCGGUCUCGGAUUCUACCGAGAUUAGUUAGACCUGCUGUGACCCAACCAGGUAAAUAUUUCAGUACUCAUUAACAUUACUGCAAUUUAAUUAACACAUCAUUUACAUUUCCAUAACAUAUAUUAUAGUUUUUGUGAAAUUCGUACCCUACGAAAGCCUACGCAUCUGUUCCCGAGCACUCGAGGAUUUAAUCAGGUGCGUGGAGGGCUUCUGUGCCACUCAUAUGCUUCGACAUUGUCGAAGUACAUUUACCAGAGCGCGUACUGCGCCAAUAUGGGUUGGUACAGGGCAUUCCACCGCCUUGCGACAUUGAACUCGAGCUGCACCUGAUUUCGCGCAAGAAUCAGGGUACGGCGAACUGGAUGGAGAUCAACUGGCGCCACAUCGCUCAUUGGGAUCGUAGACUUGAGCUGUUAGCCCAAGGUGCGCCAAUCGAUGUUCAUGGCGCACCACACCGGACUACAUGUCGUGGUUCCUCUCCAUCACUCACCGAUGGAUGACACCACGUGGCAUCAUCGCAGCAUCACAUUAUGCACCUGCUGCUCCUACGAUGACCCAAUUUGCACAAGGUGCGGCAGCAGUGAUGCGGUACAGCCACGAGGAGCCGGUGAGGGAGAUUGCGCAAGGCAUGCUUGUCGGCACGCAGUUCCAGCACUUCAUACCGGAAGUCGCUGUGGAGUCCUCACUGGCUACCGCCGAUGCGCACGUCUCAUCUCCUGCUUAUGACUAUUAUUUGGAGGAGAUGGACCUUUCAUACCCCGUUGACGUUGUGGGGACCUUGCAGGCUGGGCCAUCGCAGCCAUCACAGUACCAAUCCCCUCCUCUACCAGAGCAACACCCAAACGCCUCUUACUACCGUAUGAGGUGUAGGAGACCAACUCAGUUGGAUAGGGUAGAUGAGG